AUGGCGCCGCUUGAACAGCAAUGGGUUAAGGUCCAACAAAAGACAUUCACCAAAUGGCUGAACAGCAAACUUAAGAUACGCGAGGUUGAGAUCAAAGACCUUAUCAUCGACCUCUCCGAUGGCAUUAUACUCAUACACCUCCUCGAGAUCCUCAGCAACGAAUCCCUAGGUCGCUAUGCCUCCCGGCCGAAGCUACGGGUCCAGAAGUUUGAGAACGUCAACAAGUCACUGGAUUUCAUCCGGAGUAGGAGGAUCCAGCUUACCAACACGGGUGCCGAGGAUGUCGUCGACGGCAACAGCAAGAUUAUCCUCGGCCUGAUAUGGACUCUUAUUCUGCGUUUCACUAUUAGCGACAUCAACGAAGAAGGUCUGAGCGCCAAGGAGGGUCUCCUGUUAUGGUGUCAGAGGAAGACGGCCUGCUACGACGAAGUUGAAGUUCGGGACUUCUCGACAAGUUGGAACGAUGGUCUAGCGUUCUGUGCUCUCCUUGACAUCCACCGCCCAGAUCUUAUUGACUACGACAGUCUCGACAAGAGCGACCACCGCGGAAACAUGCAGCUCGCCUUCGACAUUGCCUCCAAGGAAAUUGGCAUCCCUGACCUCCUCGAUGUCGAGGACGUGUGCGACGUAGCGAAGCCCGAUGAGCGCUCUCUCAUGACAUACAUUGCCUACUGGUUCCACGCCUUUUCGCAGAUGGAGCGGGUAGAGAAUGCUGGUCGACGAGUCGAAAAGUUUGUUGCCAAUAUGCAGGGGGCUUGGCAGAUGCAGAACGACUUCGAACGGCGCAUGCGCGAGCUCCUAGCCCAGAUCGCAAAGCAGAAGACACAAUGGGAGGAGGCCACGUUCGACGGCACCUACACAGACGCCCGGAACCAGUCAUCCGAGUUCACAGCAUGGAAGCGCAAAAACAAGCGGACAUGGGUAGCUGAGAAGUCGGAUCUAGUUGGGCUGUUGGGUAACAUCAGAACCAAACUAGCCACAUACCGAUUACGGCCCUACGACCCUCCAGCCGAGCUCAGCCUUGAAGCACUCGAUGCGGCCUGGACAGGCUUGAUGAAGGCCGAACGACAACGCUCCCAGGUCAUCAACGAGACUAUCAGGGACAUCAAGAACGCUCUACGGAAAUCUUUCGCCGACAAGGCAAACGACUUUGCUCUCGCUCUCAACACCCUAUCCACAUCGAUAUCAGCGUUGGAAGGAGACGUUGACGACCAACUCGAGCAUACGAAAGAGAUCAGCAAGUCGCUUUCACCACUAGACGAAUACCUAAACCUCAUAGCUUCCAUUGAUGAGCAGUGCGCCGAAGCGAACAUUGAGGAAAAUGACUUUACAACAUAUACAUACGACGAACUGGAGUAUGAACUAGGUCUGGUUCGCAACUCGGUAUCCAAGAAGCUUGCAUUUCUGGAGAACCAAAUGGUUGCGCGUAACAUGACCAACCUGACCCCGAUACAACUCGAGGAGUUUGAAUCCGUCUUCAGGCAUUUCGACCGCGAUGUAUCCAACUCACUGGCGGAACUGGAAUUCUCGGCAGCAUUGGCAAGUUUAGGCUUAGUCUACGACGAGGAAGAGAUGCAUGAGAGAUUCCGCGAGACGAGUGGCGGCCGAGACUAUGUUACUUUUGAACAGUUCAUCCGCUUCAUGGUCGACGAGACAGAAGAUCAAAAUACCGCCGAGCAAGUCUUUGAGUCGUUCAAGGAGGUUGCCGAUGGCAAGCCAUACGUUACAGAGCUGGACCUCCGCCACUCGCUCGUCCCAGACGAAGUCAUCGAAGACCUACUCUCCACCAUGCCAGAGCACCAGGGCCCAGACAUGCAAGAAGACCGCGAUCUCCCCAAGUUCGACUACAUUACCUAUAUGCAGCGGUACAUGGGCAUCGACCGCGCAAACGCAAACGGAAACGGUGUCGUGGAACAAGUUAAUGGCGAGUAGAGUUGCCCCGUUCUUCCUGAGCGCGAAAUCCUUCUCACUCCGGCGUUUGUGUAGUGUGGAAAAGAGGGAUGCUUAAUAAUAACGAAAGGGAAAGAGAAGGAAUGAGGAUCGAUUACCUCUGUUUUUCCUCUUUGGCAUAUCGCUUCUCCACCUGCCCACUCUUUCUUUUUCUUCUUCUUCCGCUUUCUUCUCACAAUGUCUUCUUUCUUGGGUGUUUUCUUUGUUGGAUACUUUACUGUGCGUCUUUAAUGCAUGGUGGGGUUGGCCUGGUUCGGGUUGGGUCAAAGGGGGUGCUCUGGCGUGCUUUUUGUUAUAAGGACGCCACCGUUAUUGCGCAACCUUUUUUUUUUCGUUGCUGGAACUUGAAACUUGACUGAUCGAUGGGUAUACCACGCAGAGCACACACACACACCAGAGAAAGAUGAAAGAAGAAGAAUGAUAUGUUAUGUUUGAGCUUUAUAAUUAACAGACUAUGGAUUCUUUG